CAAUCCGCUCCUCUUAUCCGAGGGCAGUUCUCUUCCGCUUCCAAAACAAGACGAAAUACCCGUCCAACAUUUCAGGUUUUCAAAUCUCUUUUCGCACACGAAGAUGGAAAAACCCCAAUCUCGUUCUCAUCUCCUCACGUUCCCGAUUCCUCUCGCUUCCAUUUUUAGGGAUUUUUGCUUCAGAUACCGUUCUUAGUUUCGAAUCCGGAAUUGAAUUUUGUUUCUGGAACUGAUCUUUUAGGGUUUUAGAUUGUUAUUGAGGAAUGUUGAGGUUCUAAUUCUAGGGUUUGAGGAAUCGACGAUCGGGAUCACACCAUGCCAUCGAUUCGUCCGGCGUUGGGUGCGGUGAAGGAGCAAAGCAACGGCGGAAGCAACCGUACUCAUUUGUACCUGAAUGUCUACGAUCUCACGCCUGUAAAUAGCUACCUUUAUUGGUUCGGGUUCGGGAUUUUCCAUACCGGAAUCGAAGUCCAUGGCGUCGAGUACGCCUAUGGAGCCCAUGAAUACCCAACCAGUGGAGUGUUUGAGGUGGAACCAAAAAGCUGCCCUGGUUUUGUCUUCAGACGUUCUGUAUGGUUGGGCAGCACUGAGAUGUCCCGGUCAGAGUUCAAGUUGUUCAUGGAGCACCUUUCUGGAAAUUAUCAUGGCGACACGUAUCAUCUGAUUGCAAAGAACUGCAAUCAUUUCACGGAUGAGGUCUGCAUGCAUCUGACCGGAAAGCCUAUUCCUGGCUGGGUAAAUCGGCUCGCGAGAUUGGUUUCAGGUUCUUUCUGCAACUGUUUACUACCAGAAAGUAUUCAGGGUACAACAGUCAGGCAUCUACCAGACCAUACGGCUUAUUCCACAGAUGAUGGGUCGGAGUCGGAAUCAUUUAGCGUAAUGGACAGUGACGAGGACUCGGAUCAUCACCUGCUAACGACACCCAACAGCAAUGUCGGAUUUCUAAGAGAAAAACCGAUGAUUCUUGCUCGAGAUGUCAUGUGAAUUUUUCUUGGGUCCUUUAUCCUGUUUGUACUUCUAGUGUAUGAGUUCAAUUGUAUGAAGAAAAAAGAAAAAAAAAAACACACAUCCCUUUUCAUUGGGUUAAGCUUUCCCAUAUCCUUUUUCUUGCAUCCUUGCUGAGGUUUCUCUAUCUGCAUUUGUUACUAUAUUUGUAUAAUCAGUUACUCUCCUGUUUUUUUUUCCCCUGAAAUUCAAGUAACACUUCCAUA